UCACGGAUCUCGUUUGUAUAUGGCGCUCUGGGCUUGCAAAAUGUUGAUCAGUUUCCAGUUAGUGGAGUAUAUCUUGCUCAGACAGAUCUCUGUGCAGGUCGGCGGUAAACAGACAUACACUCGCUGUCUGUCCGAAGCUCAAUUGUUGAACUGAUUCAGGAGGGAAAUGGAUCGUCAUUCCAGAUUUACAGGUCAGCCUCCAUAUAAAAGAAAAAAGGAAGGAAAGUACGUCAGGUCAAAUUGUUCCAGUGAUGUGUCUUCCAGUGUUGCCUUUUUACAUUCUCCAGUGUUAAGUGUGAGGAGACACCUUUACGACAUGGAUUUUCCACUUUAUAAGCAACCUGUAGAGGUAGGGUACUUUUCCCUGGACUCCAGCCGCAGGUUUUUCAAUGACGCCAGAAUGCUGAGGCAUUACGUUGAAGCAGAUCAGUGCCCCAACUUUAACCUGAGAGAUGGCUACACUGACCGUUUCAUAAAGCGGGACGAUGGCAUUAAGGAAAGACUGGAUCAUUUGCUGAGGUGGAUUUUAGAAAACAGAUCUAAACUUCAGAGGACACCUGUGGAUGGCGAUGCAUCUGGCUCUUCAUGUCGGCUGAGUGCAGACUUUGUCACGUGGCGUGGACAUCUGACCAAGCUCCUCACAACUCCCUAUGAGACCCAGGAGGGCUGGCUGUUGGCAGUGACCCUGUUCAAUGGGACCUAUUACAUCAGUGAGGUGGAGACUGAAGCAGCCAGGAGGAACAGGGAGAACCGCACCGAGAGGCAUGCUGAAAUGAUGUACUGGGGAUACAAGUUUGAGCAGUACAUGUGUGCAGAUGAGCCCAGUGGCCUGCCAGAUCCCAGUGGGGUGGUGAACACCAAUGAAGCUUUCUGUACGGUUGUGCAGACCAAGCUGACUGAUCACUCCCUGUUGUUUUCUGGAGAGGUUGACUGCAGAGACGACAGUUCCCGAUUCAAGGCUGCGCCGGGUUAUUACGUAGAGUUGAAAACAUCUGCUGAAAUCUGCACCCCAAAGCAACGCAGUAACUUGCACAGGUACAAGCUAUUGAAAUGGUGGGCACAGUCCUUCCUACCUGGUGUGCCCCGAAUCAUUGCUGGCUUCAGAGAUAACGAUGGGCUUGUGGUCUCGCUUGAGACUUUUGAAACUGCCAAGAUUUCUCAAUUGAUAAAGCAUGAGCAAAAUUGUUGGAAACCAAACGUUUGUAUGAAUCUCUGCAACGCCUUUCUGUCCUUUGUAAAGAAGGUUGUUACUCAGGAUGAUUACAGGGUGGUGUAUCUUUUCUCUUGGGAACCUUAUAAGGAUGUCUCUUAUUCAGUUCACAAGGACUCUGAAUAUACUUUCUUGCAUGAUUGGUAUGUGAGGGAAAUGACAAAGCAGGGUUCCUGAUUUCCAACAGUCUUUCUUUAGUAAAGUCACAGUUUGUACAGUAAGGUGUGCAUUAUUUUAAUGUCCUGGAAUUCCUAACAAUUAAAAAAGCAUUUUGUCUGGUAUUUUUUGUCCACGUUUUUAAUGUAUUUCAUUAUUUGCUAUUACUGUUGAAUUGUGAACUUAAGGUGGUUUUACCUCACUUCAGGUGUGUGUGGAAUAGAAGCAGGUAUUCACAACCCCAGUUUAUUUUAUAUGAAUAUUCAACAAGCCCUAUACAUACCAAUCAUGGUCAGUCUCAUAGGCAAACACCACACAUAGAUAUGCGCAUGCUUCAGCGGUUCAUUACUUACGCUAUUAUUAAUAUAUUUUAAAAAUGUGAACUUUCUGUAUUAUAAAUGAGACGCAGUUUUAAAACAUCAAAACGCUCAAAAUAAUGCAAAAUUCAGUAUGACACAUGAUAUACAAUUUUCAUAUCAUUGCCCCCCCCCCCCCCAAUGUAUAUUGCAUACAUUGGCUGUACAAUAGUGUAUUUUUGCAGGAACAUCUACAGACCUCAUUGUGCUCUUACAUGUUACCAUUUGUUUCAUAAAGGCUGUUUGGUCAAAAUCUGUAAAACCAUUUUUGUAAUUAUUUUAAUAUGCAAAAAGAACCAUCCGAACUGCAUCAUAAUUAGCAUGGGGAAUAUCGAGAAUAAAAUAUACAAAGAAAUCCAAGAUACAUAUCUAGACUCGACGCAGUUUAUUGUUACAGGGUAGGCACACAACUGAAACAAUGCUCGCUUUACAAUAAACUCCCCUCACUGUCCACCAACAGAAACACAAGGAUGAAAAAAUACUAGUUUAAAAACGUAUUGUACGAGGAAAUAACAAUACUACCAGUACUAAUACAAACAUUAGAAGCGUGCUGUAUUAACAUUGGGAAAGCAUUUGAAUAAUAUCACAGUGUAAAAUGACUGUGGUCAUUUGUAUAAAGGCUACAAGUUUAAACGUUUAAUAAAAUAUACUUUUAUUAACGAUAAUUUCCCUAUAAACUUUGGUGUUUUACAUAGAGAAUAAAGUAUAAGCUACUGUACAUAACCACAUUGUAAAAAGCCACCAAGGAGUUCCAUGACAUCACAAGGACGAGUCUCUGUAAGUCACCUUGGAUAAAAGCGUCUGCUAAAUAAACAAAUAAUAAUAAAAAUCACAAGUCAAACAAAAAAUACAUUUUAUUAAUAAUUUGUUGCUGUCAGAAUCAACUAUAAUUGUGUAGUUGCACAUAUAAAUUGUGCCAGAAUAGAGUCCAACUCGACGUGAGGGAUCGUUUCCACCGGUAGCGGUUCAUUGAUCUCUGCCAAGUAUGAUCUGAGGAUUAUUAUUAUUAUUUAUUUCUUAGCAGACGCCCUUAUCCAGGGCGACUUACAAUCGCAAGCAAAUACAUUCAAGUGUUACAAUACAAGUAAUACAAUAAGAGCAAGAAAUACAAUAAUUUUAACAGAGAUGGUCUUCCUCAUAGUGUUGGCAAUUUGCUGUGUGCUAUGAAGUUCUGCAUUGCCUAUUUGAAACCGUCAAAGCACUUUGAAACCAGCAGAUAUUUCAAAGAAAAUGCUGAAAAUUCUCAUUCCACUGACAUCAGUAGUAGCCUGUAAUCAGAGAAUUAAACACAGGAUUGUAUAGGGAAAUAUCAGUCACUGGUAUUAUAGUAAUAAAUACUACAUUUACUCCAAUAUAUCUGAUAUGUUCUUUGCACCCCCAUACAUACAGCUGUUUACAGAUGUGUCAGAUUUGUAUUAUAAUUGUCUUUAAAAAAAAAAACAGUAAAAUAAUAAUAAUAAUGUGAUAUCUGUAUAAUGUGAUAUCUGUAUAAUGUGAUAUCUUGUAACUAUUGUAAGUCACCCUGGAUAAGGGUGUCUGCUAAUAAUAAUAAUAAUAAUAAUAAUAAUAAUAAUAAUAAUAGGAUGGUUGUAGUACUUCUUGUGUUUUAUUUUAUAUGUGUUUGUAUUGUUUUAACAAAGAAACUUGAGUUAAUACAUUAAUGAAAUUACAAACAAAAAAAAAUUGAACAAAACAGCAGGCAACAUUAUGAGGGUUUAAGUGGGCAGCAGUGUGGAGUAGUGGUUAGGGCUCUGGGCUCUUGACUGGAGGGUCGUGGGUUCAAUCCCAGGUGGGAGAGAGUGCUCCAGUAAAAACUCAACUGUAUAAAUGGGUAAGUGUGUGUAAAAAAAUAAUGUGAUAUCUGUAUAAUGUGAUAUCUUGUAACUAUUGUAAGUCGCCCUGGAUAAGGGCGUUUGCUAAUAAAUAUAAUAAUAGGAUGGUUGUAGUACUUCUUGUGUUUUAUUUUAUAUGUGUUUGUAUUGUUUUAACAAAGAAACUUGAGUUAAUACAUUAAUGAAAUUACAAAAAAAAAAAUGGACAAUACAGCAGGCAACAUUAUGAGGGUUUAAGUGGGCAGCAGUGUGGAGUAGUGGUUAGGGCUCUGGGCUCUUGACUGGAGGGUCGUGGCUUCAAUCCCAGGUUGGAGAGAUUGCUCCAGUAAAAACUCAACUGUAUAAAUGGUUAAGUGUGUGUAAAAAAUAAUGUGAUAUCUUGUAACAAUUGUAAGUCGCCCUGGAUAAGGGCGUCUGUUCAGAAAUAAAUGACGAGAUAAACUGUUGUGCACUAACUGUAAGGCAGCUUUACAAAUGUUUCUGCUAAAAUAAAUGUGUAUAUUGUGUUUUACUUUGA